AUGCGUUCCGAUCUCAAUCAGAGCAACGCAUCUUUAUCCCAGCACUCAGCUUCAAACUCGACACAUCAGCCCAUCGAGCAAGCUUCGUCUUCUCUUCCCCCGUCAUCUCUUCCCCCGUCAUCUCUUCCCCAGUCAUCUCUUCCCUCGUCAUCUGCAUCUUCAGGCGGCGCUCCUAUCACAUCUCCCCCCGUGCGUCGACCAGCUUCAUCACCUGUCGACAGUCCCGAGUCGCGGCCCACUGCUCGGUUCCCUUCAGCUCUCGCAGCAAACGACCACAAGCGAUCAGGUGCAUACAAGAGAGCUCGAACCGUCAGCCCCAUUAUCGACGAGAACAGCAGCGACGUCGAAAACGAAGUCAGAUCCAACUUUUCGCCUUCUGCAAGCGAUCUAGGCGACUCUGAGCUCACCGAGACCCUUGCCUCCAGCCAGCCAGCUCCACUGCGUCAGAGCAUUUCAUCGGCAGACAUAUCACAUUCUCAUCACGCCAACAUGUCGCCACCUGAUCAGAACAUCGAAGCUCUCAUGACCGACAAGUCGCUCAGUUUGAAUGAUGGCGGUGCUAAUCCCGUCAUUGUGCGUACAAGUGACGCAACGGAGGAGGAGCCACCAUCCUAUCAAGAAGCAGUUGAUCUUCCACCGCCAGUACAAGGGUCUAUCGGGAAUGAACACAGACCGACAGGUCAGCAGCAACUCGAUACCAUCCGACCUAUGAAGAAUCUUCCUCUCCAUGCUGGCGAUAUAUGGUACCUCGUCAGUCGAUCUUGGUAUCGACGUUGGGAUGCUGCUUGUGCCGAACGUCGUGACUCGGAUCCUGUCGAGAAGGCCGAGAUUCCUCCUGGACCCAUCGACAACUCGGACUUGCUUGAUGAAGAUUCCACUCCAGCUUUUGCGCAGCUCAGACCACAGAUCAAUGAGCAUAUUGAUUACGAGAUGUUGCCUGAGGAGGGAUGGAAUCUUUUGGUUGGUUGGUACGGUAGCAAAGGACCGGUGUUUGCAAGACAGGUUAUCCACGGUUUCAGUCCGGGUCAGGAGAGUGUCGAGUUCUACCCGCCUACUCUUCGACUGCUCAAGCUAGGGGAUCAUGUCGAGGCGCAGGGAUCGGGCGUGCCUUCGUUCAGCAUGUCUGUCAGCUCGAGCUUGGCGAUGCUCAAGGAGAAGGCCAAGACAGCACUCAAUCUCGGUGCUGUUGCCGAUGUUGACUUGCGAUUCUACCACUUCCCUCAACCUACCGAGAAGGAAUUGCGCUCUGGGCUUGUCAACAUGGCUCGAGUUGACGACGAGGGUGUCGAUGUCAUCGAUGCUGGUGAAGAUAAGCCCGACAGCUAUCAGCCUAAUGUCACGCUCAAGUCGGUCGGGGUAGAUGAGAUUGAGAUGAAUCUUGUUGUCGAGACUCGUCCGUCUGGUCGAUGGCAGACGGAUCCUGCUCCUGUCGAUGCUUCCGCUCCCUCGGUCAAAGGUAUCUUUGCCCAGCAAGGUGACUUUUUCAGCAAUCUUGAGCAGCCUAGCAGCAGCACUGCCGCAUCAACUGCCACCGCGGGCGAAUCAGAAGGACGUGUCACACGCUCGCAAACCGCUGUCGACCGAACCAUUGGCCCAUCUCGUGGGCUUCGCGGACUCAACAACCUCGGCAACACUUGCUUCAUGAACAGCGCCCUCCAAUGUCUCAGCAACACUUACGAGCUCCAACAGUACUUUGUCUCCGGCGCAUACAAGCAAGAGCUCAACACCGAUAAUCCACUUGGUAUGGGAGGAGCGAUUGCGGAUGCAUUCGGCAACCUCAUAACCAACAUCUGGAAUGGUCAAGGUGGAUCCUUCUGGCCACGAGAGUUCAAGUUUGCGCUCUCGAGGUUCGCGCCCCAGUUUAGCGGGUAUGCUCAGCAUGACAGUCAAGAGUUGUUGGCGUUUUUGCUUGAUGGGUUGCAUGAGGAUCUAAAUAGGAUCUUGAAGAAGCCGUACAUUGAGGCGCCUGAUUGGGAAGGUGGAGAUGAGAAGGAUCUUGUUGCGUUCGCCAAGAGGCAGUGGGAUAUCUAUAAAGCCAGGAAUGACUCGGUCAUUGUCGAUCUCUUCCAAGGACAGUACAGGAGUACACUUGUCUGCCCGGAAUGCAACAAGAUCUCGAUCAAGUUUGAUCCUUUCAUGUACCUCACGCUACCGAUUCCCAACAAGAAGAUGUGGCGCGGUCAAGUCUACUUUGUCCCGCAAGACCCUAGCAAGCCGAUGCAAAGCUUCCAGGUUCAGUUGCCGGCAGGCACUACGGUUGGAAAGUUGCGACAGAAAGUAGCGGCGCAGUUUGGUGUCGAGACGAAGAGGUUGAUUUGUGGAGAAGUUUGGCAUCAUAGGAUUUACAAGUGGAUCGAUGAUUACGAGCCGUUGAUCGAUAUCAAGGAUGGCGACUUUGUGUACUUUUGGGAGGUGCCGGCUGCGCCGAAGUUGUCGAAGCAGAGGCAUUACAGGUAUCAUAGGACGGUGGAGGAUGCAGAGGAGUCGUUGGAUAUCCAGGAUGAGGAGCAGGCGAUUCUGCCGGUCUUCGCGAACUUUAGCAGCGAGGUGUCGGCGGCUUCGUCCAGCACGGCGUUUGUUAGUAGGAGGUCGAGGGCGGAUCCUGUUGGUAUUCCCUUUUUCAUUUCGGUCCCAAAAGCGGAGGUCAAUGAUGCUGAGGCGAUCCGUAGGCACGUGCUGAACGGGUUCUCGCGCUUUGCCAAGAACCAGAGUGAGCUGCGAAAGGCUAUCGAGGAAGCAGAUGCCGCUGCUGGUACUGCUUCGACAGAGCAGAGUUCGGCGUCGCAGAUUUCGGAUUGGGAGAUGGUGGAUGAUGCAGCGAACGGCAAUGGUGCUGUCGAAGUGGUUGCACCUACUCAGGUCAGCAACGAGGAUCUAGUCACCGAGAUCCGAGAGGAUGGCGAAGCAGUAUUGGUGCCGGACGUGAAUAUCACCUCUGCAGACAGUGAUGCAGCUGCUACCCCUGCUACUGCCAGCUCGUCAAGCCAGGACAAGGCUGCCGCACAAGCCGAGCCAAUUCUGCGCAUCCGUUUCAGCCUCGCCGAGGUUGGCCAAGGCCUUCCGAAGGGCAGCGAAAGCAACUCCGACCAUCUCUCUGAGGAGCUCGAGGAACGUCAGGCGCGUCUUGCCAAGCAGGCUUCUAACGCUGCUUCAACUUGGGUCGACGAUGAGGCAGAAAGAGACGCUACUCGUGCCAAAAACAUUCCUCUCGUCUUCACUGGCGGUGCGAUGGUUGUCACAUGGGGAUACACGGUUGCCAAGCGCGAGCUGUUGGUCAAGUCUGACUCGGGUCAACUCUGGGGCGAAUAUAAAGAGGUCAUUGACAAGGCGAUUCGCGAGAAGGACAACGCUGGACCCGUUCGCCCCAAGACGCUUUCGAUCGAAGACUGCAUGGACGAGUUCACCAAAGAAGAGCAACUGGGGGAAGACGAUCCCUGGUACUGCCCUUCAUGCAAGGAGUUCCGUCAAGCUACCAAGAAGUUUGAUCUCUGGAAGGCACCGGACAUUCUCGUGGUCCAUCUCAAGAGGUUCAGCGCGGGUCGACACUCGCGUGACAAGCUCAACAUGCUCGUUGACUUCCCACUGGAAGGUCUGGAUCUCACAGAUCGGGUGGAAGGUACACAGGCGCUGCGCAGAGUGCAGGCAGAGGCAAAGGAGAGCGGAGAAGAGCUUUCAGAAAGCAUGCUUGGUUCGGGCAUUCUCAGGCCGCUGGAGGACAAUGACGAUGCGGUUGCGGUCGAUGCUCCCAUCUAUGACCUGUAUGCUGUGGACAAUCAUUUCGGAGGCUUGGGUGGAGGACACUACACUGCAUUUGCCAAGAGUCCAGCCGAUGGCAAGUGGUACGAAUUUGACGACUUGAGUGUUCGACCCGUUGCCAACGCGGAGACGGUCAAGAGCUCGUCUGCGUACUUGCUCUUCUACCGUCGUAGGACGACGAGGCCGAUUGGAGGAAAGUCGAGGCAGAAGUUCCAAGAGGCAGCCAAGACCCAAGCUGCCACAGCAGGUGGUGAGGAGGGUGAUGCAGCAACGGCAGCAGGGACACUGGGGGGUUUGGCACCGGUAGUUGGACACGAGACGAUGCCGGGCGAGUAUUCAAGCGAUUCAUCGAGCGAUGAGACUCCCGAUUGGCCGUUGAACUUGCGCAGUGGAGCUGACAACGCGAGCGUAGCAGAUGAGCCAGCGACGGGUUGGUCGAGUACAGGCAACUCUCCGCCUUCAUCGAAUCGUGCGCCUAGCCCGAUUAGCGAUCAGGGGCUUGAUUCGCUGUAA